UUAAAAUGGAAUUUAAUAGUAAAAUUUGCUACAUUCUUCUCUUGGUAAUCCUUUCAAUCUUUACAACGGCAACAAAUGCUGGUGGUGAUAAAUGUGAACUUUUGAUUAUCAACAGCAGUCCCAAUAACAUUAGUCCACUGCCUGUUUGUGAGUUGUGCUUGAAUGGUAUCACAAGAGUGCCAUGUGUUUGUCCUCCAAAUACAUCCAAAUUCAUGUCAUUUGAGCUUCCUCAAUGGUAUUGCUGCACAACUUCGGUUUAAAAUGGCUUGUUUUUGUUUGUCACUAUUUUGGAUGAAAUUGAAUAGAAAAGUUAAAUUUUAUUAUUAUUUAAAGUCUUUUUCAG